UGGCUUGUUUCAAUGCUGUUUGCACUACCACCAGCCAUAGGAUGGUCAAGAUAUGAGUUUGUCCCUGACAGAGCGAUCUGUACACUCAAGUGGUCGACCAACAUUUCUUAUACGGUAUUCGUCUUCUCUCUUGGGAUUUUCUUCCCCUUCAUCGUCAUAUUUGUCUCUUACUUCCGUAUCUUCCGAACAGUCCGGGCUAAUUUCCGCAGGAUGAGGUCCCAUCGUGGAAGCGGUAAGGUGUAUCCGAGGUCAGAGGGUGGAGCUGGAUCAUCACGCAGACCUACUGAUAUUAGCGGUCAUAUGGGGAGCCGGGGAAGUUUUGCAAGGUCCUCUUGGUCGAAUGGAAGUCGACGGAGUAAUUUCAACAAUGCGGAUACACUGAGGAAUGAAUUUACUACACAGCAUCUGCAGUUACCACCAAUGCACAGCCGCUUGAGCAGGCAUAACAGGGUGAACAAAGUUACCAUGAAUGGAAGGACUCCAGUUAUGCGGACUGUGAGUGAUAUUUCAAGCGAAAUUUGCAGCGAUGGUCGCAGUCUGUUUGCAUCGAGUCUUGCCCGUCAGUUGUCACUUGAUCGUGAUGUCUUAGCCAUUAGCCCAUGUGCAUCCGCUAGCACUUUAGAUCAUCAUGAGGAUGAAAAAGAACCAGAGAGGGGAAGUAUGAAAUCGCCAACACUGGAGCCCACUGGACGAAUAUCUGAUUACCUGGUGCAGGACCCAACCUGUAGUACCGGACCAAAUACAACAAGUGAUUUACAAUCUACCGAAGAUAGCAUCCGCGCAUCAAGAUUGUAUAAAAGGCGUGAGAUUAGGGGAGCAUCGGGAAAAGUAGCCAUCCAGCUCACAUCGGUGGAAGGACCCAAAACUGAUCCCGUCAAUUUUGAGACCAGUCCUGUAGGAGCUUUGAGCAUCGCUUUGGCUGAAAGCAGCAGAGGGCAAAAUAUUCUGCAAGUACAGGCGGCCUUAAAUGUUGAUCGGUGUAAUGGUACGCGCCGUGAUCUACGUCCAAUACCGGCAUCGUCGCAGGAACGACCCAAAACGGCUGGAUUUUAUGACGUUGAUAAAAUUAACAAUAACAACAUCCGCAGAUUGUCGGUACGAUCCCUACGACAUUCAUUUCGUCCUUCGUCUGCACGUGGCCGUUCACAGACUCUUACAUCACAAAACUCUACAACUGCAUCAAAUAAUGACGAACUAAGAAUGACACUAAUGGUGUGUGCCGUCUUGAUUUCAUUCGUUCUAUGCUGGGCACCUGUAACUAUUGUCAGUUUCAUCGCAGUACUAAACGUGAGCAUUCCGGCCCCGGUCGAUAAGUUUGCAGUGUUUAUGAUGUUCUUGAGUAGUGCUGUUAACCCAGUGAUAUACGGGUUGAUGAAUAGAAAAUUUCGGUUAGGUUUCAGUCGUCUGAUUUGCGGAUGGCGGACUGGCAAGCUGAGUAGCAAUGGCUCAAAUCGCUCUAAGACACGCUCAAGGAAUAAACCCAAGAAAAAUGGUGACGGUCUUGCGAGCCAAAACAUGGGAAGAGACCCAGAGACGGGAAUCACAACGAGGCGAUGACGAACUCAUUUUUUAUUUCAUAAAAAGUUUAAUUAUAUGUAUACAUUAUGUGAAUAUACUGCACAAAACGAAUUUUAUAAUCAGAGGUGGAGGCACACAGUUUGCCAAGUUGCCUUUUUUUCAAUUGAAGAAAUUAAAUGUGCUAUGUAUUUUGAAGGAAUGUGUUAUAAAAUGUAGUCAUACUGUACUCCCUUGAAUUAUGUGGCCUUUGAUGAAUUUGUAAUCGCUAAAUGAUGAUAUCCUAUUGUCGUUUAUGAAACAAAAGGACUACAAACCAGCAGGGGCGUCGAUCCAUUUUUCAGAUGGGGGGGGGGGCCAAAAUCAUGAAUCAACUUUCCAAAGGCGCUCGAUCACACACACACAUAUGCCUAUAUAAUCAUGAGAUAGAGACACAUAUCCCACCAACAAAUCAAUGCGAGCGCGAAGCGCAAGCUGAAAUUUCUUUAUAUUCUGACCUGAAAGCUUGAUAUUCUAAGCAUUUUUGGUACCAAUGAUUAAGAUGGGUAUCUAAAAAAACAAUAGAUGCGAGUGCGAAGCGCAAGCUGAAAAUUUUGAUAUUUCGAUCUGAAAAAAAAAAGAGUUUAAUGGACGUUUUUAAUAAAGAACAAGAUAUAUAUCCAACAGAAGAUUAUUGCAAAUCGAAGUGUGAGUUCUUUUGAGGUUUAGAACUGAAAACGGGACAUUCUAAUCACCUAUUUGAUCAUGAAAAGUAUGGGUUUUGCUACAGAAAUGAUGCGAGCGCGAGCUGAAAUUUUUUUAUAUUCCAAUCUGAAAGGCAGACAUUUUGAGCACGAUUUUAGACAAAGAACAAGUUGUGUAUCUCAAUCUCGUUUGCUGAUUUCUUUGUAACAUUACAAUCUUAUUUUAGUUUUUGCACAUGCGGAAUUAUUGCUCCCCCCAAUAUUUUCAUUGGUGGGGCGAUCGCCUGCCCCCCAGGAUCGACGCAUUUGCAAACCAGGUCAUAACGAGAAUCAGUGGCGUAACUACGGGGGGCAUGGGGGGGCACGUGCCCCCCCCC